AUGUAUCUCCCACGGGAACUAAUAUCACAGCUCUACCUUCACCUCCUCCGAACGAACCAUACUCUUUCACCACCUGUCCUUCUCCUCGUCGCUCUCGAACCCGACGCGCUUUGCGCAUGUCGCAUCCUGACCGCGCUCUUGAAACGCGAUUAUAUACAACACAAAAUCCAACCAAUCGCCGGAUAUGGAGACCUUACCCGUGCUGGAGAAGAGCUGGUACGACCGAUGCGGACCAUGGACGGAGGUAAUGGUGGGGUCGUCAUCUGUCUAGGUGUUGGAGGCAUGGUGGACCUGGAGCACGAGCUUGGAUUGGAAGUGGACGAGAACGGAGAGGGUGGAUUCGGAGGAGUAGAGAUAUGGCUUAUGGACUCGAGACGACCUUGGAACUUGACCAACGCGUUUGGAUCGCCUCUGUUUCCAGAUCCGCAAACCGGUGAACUGGUGCGAGCCCAACCUGGAUUAGAUCAGGGUCGCAUAUCUCAAGCUUAUAAACCAGGAAGAGGAGGAGUGGUGGUAUUCGAUGAUGGGGACAUCGAGGAAGAGCUUGCUGCGGAAAGAGCCGCGUACUGUAGUCUCGAGGAAAUGCCUGAGCUCGGCGACGUGGAUGACGCGAUGGACGGUGCCGAAUCCGAGAUGGAAGACGACCCUCCCAUCUCGGGUCAAGCGCCGAAAAAACGGAAAUCGUGGGGAAUGGAUGAAGACGACAGUGACGAUGACGAAGAUGGUCCUCCAAGGCAAAAGCGAAGAAGUAACUCAUCAUCUCCAAUACCCUCGUCUCCAGACCAUGCAGAGCGUCCAGCGCGGCGUGGUCUUCUGACGCAUCGUCUCGGCGGCUCUUCAGAUUUCUCUAGGUCCGACUCUCCUCGCAGCCGAUCCUCGUCUCCUGUCGUGCCAAAGGAGAAAUCUACGCUGGUUCUGCGCAGGGAACUUAUCAAACUACAUGCAAAGCACAACAAGACUAUUGAAGAGUACUACACCCUCGGCGCGUCCUACUCAGAGCCAGUCUCAUCGAUCGUCUAUUCACUCGCUUCGGAACUCGGACGUGAAGACAACGACCUACUUUGGCUAGCAAUCGUCGGUGUGAGCAGUCUUGAGCUAUAUGGUCGAACACAGAACGGUGUCAGCUUAAGUCCGCUUUCCACUGCCGGAGGCUCUUCAGGCUGGAAUGGUGACCGAGGAGAACGGGUACGAAGUAUUUUCCGUGACGAAGUACGUCGACUUAACCCGAUCGAUCUAAAAGACAUAGCCCGCGAAACCAGUCUAGGAGACUCUGGAGGCGUGAUACCAACGCAUGCAAGAUCACCCACGGAUAUGUCAAUACGAUUGUCUCCUGAACCACGAUUUCUUUUGAUUCGACAUUGGAGCCUGUACGAUAGCAUGUUACAUUCUCCCUACCUUUCGGCUCGACUGCACAUCUGGAGUGAUGCUGGACGACGUAGGCUCCAUAAACUUCUUGCCAAAAUGGGUGUGAGUCUCACACAAUGCAAGCAAAACUAUACGCACAUGGAUAUGGAACUAAAACGCGGGCUUCGGGAACGACUCCUGAAGUUUGCUCCUGUCUAUGGUCUUGACGGCCUCGUUCCACCACCUUCACAGCAGACAAAAGACGGGUGGGGCUUCGUACGAUGUUGGGGCUGGAAAGCAUGUCUCAGUGCAAUAGACGCUGGGGUAGUCCUCGGUGCCAUUCUCGAAGUCGGAGACGCGACAAGCUUUAAACAGACUAGCGAAUUCGAGUCUCAAGACCGCGGCAGGAAUGGUGCCUCCCAAACAAACGGGCACGACGAAGUCGUAGAAGCUUCAGACACCGCUCAACAGCACAUCUCGGCUCGUUUCUGGACGGCAUACGAUGCCAUAUCGUCGGUUGACCUGCUCGUAUCUCAUAUUACCACCGCACAGCAUCUCCACCGCGCUAUCCUGCGCACAGGUACCAGCCUCAUCGAAAAGAAACAGAUACGCCAUCUGCGUGCUUUCCGCAUGGCUGUUGUCAAAGAAGGCCCCGAUGUUCAACUCUUCACACAUCCCGGUGCUCUCAUCAAGCUCGCCUUGUGGGUUGCCGAAGCAAUCGGCGAGCUCAACGGCGUCAAAGGGAGACGGAAAGGCGGCGAGCUUGUCGUAGCAGGACUAGACGAGGCACGUGGCCUUUACGUAGUCGUCGGGCUCGGGAGUGGAGGAGGUAUUGGACCAACCAAAGAUCAAGAGAAGAAGAAAGAAGACAAGCGAAAGGCCAAAGCGAGCAAAAAGGAGGCAAAAGAGCUGGAAAAGGAGAGGAAGCGACAAGCACGGAUUGAUCGCAACCUCGCCGCCGGCCUCGACGAAGACGAGAUCGAGGACGAUACCGAGGACGAAGAGGAAGACGACGAAAGCGAUCUCAGUGAUGACGAGGACGGGCCUGAGGCUGAGGAGAGGAAACGGCGGGGCUACGGGAGAAAUCGCUUCGGACUGGCGUUCAACGAGGUCGUUAAUGAGACGAGGGCGCGAGUUAAGAUCGAUAGCUUUGAGCAUUGCGUUGUUGAGGUGAAGAAGGAAGAUCUUAGCGGGUUUUUGGAAAGCUUGAGCAUGAAGGCUGUGGUUGGGUGA